AUGGUGACGAUAUCGGUGCUUCCAUCGUGGCAACACCAACGACGAAAGAGCUCGCCCUCGAGGAAAAGAGAGUGUGGUCGGAAUCGUCGUCGCUCUUUGAACAAAGCGACGACGACGUUUGGGAAGAUGCUGUUUUUGCGUGUAUUUAACGAUGAUGAUGACGACGAGAAGAAGAGAAAGCAACAAAAAGUGAUGAUGAAACUGCACCAAACGCGAGGGGAGAAGCGCGGCGUUUUUGUAUCAUCACAUCGAGGAGGAGUUUUAGGAGGAGUUUUAGGAGGAAAAAAGAGUAAGAGAAAGAAAGCGGCGGAGAUGACCGAGCGGACGAUGACGAGCUAUUACGACCGGUCCUCGCGAGGCGGGUUUCGGCCGGAAGAUUUUUCGUCGGUGGACGAGGACGACGAAGAAGAAGAAGACAAAGAAAAGCAGAGACGACGACGACGAAGACGACGACAGUCGGGCGAGAGCGCUUCGACGACCUCGUCUUCAACUUCGUCGUCGUCGUCGUCUGCGUUUACGAACUUUUCCAUGAAGAUGAUACUGGACGGCGAGGAGACGAAAGAGAUAUUCACGUUGGCGGUUCCCGCGCUGGGCGCGUUGUUAGCGGAUCCGCUGAUGUCUUUGAUCGACACGAUGUUUGUCGGGAGAAUCGGCGUGAACGAGUUAACCGCGCUCGGACCGAAUGCGGCUAUAUUCCAAGUCAUUUUUCAACUGUUUUCGUUUCUUUCCAUCACGACGACUGGGAUGGUCGCGAGACACUACGUGAAAUUCAACGAAGGGUGCGAAAUCGCAGAGUAUAAAAUUAGGAGGAGCGUGUCGAUAUCGCUGUUUUUCUCCGUCGCGUUUGGCAUGGUCUCUUUGAUCGCGUUGAAUUGUUUCGCGAGCGAUAUUUUACGUCUAGUUGGAACGCCGGAAAGUUUGCUCGCGACGGCGGCGCCGUAUUUGCGAAUACGUGCUUUCGCGACGCCGUUCGUGUUGGCCUCCUAUUGCGCGCAAGGCGCGUUUAUUGGGAAAUUAGACAGCAAAACGCCGUUGAGAAUCUUCGCUUUCGCCGCGGUGCUCAACGUCUUCGGCGAUUUCUUGCUCGUUCCUUCGUACGGCUUACGAGGUGCCGCGUUCGCGACGUUGUUCGCGCAGUGCGCUUCCGCAGUUCUGUUCUCCUCGCAACUCUUUGGGCAAAAGAUGUUACCGAAAAUAGGAAGUCCCGAGUGGAAGUCUCCGCCGACUGCGACGGAAAUCCAACGCAUCACCAAAGUCAGCUCGGCGCUCUUCUUUUCCUCAAUCUGCCGCAUGGGCGUGUACACGAUGAUGACCACGACCGCUCUGCACCUAGGGAAUGCCGUCAUGGCCGCGCACCAAAUAGCCUUGAACGUCUUUUGGUCGCUCACCUACUUCGUGGACCCGCUCUUCGUGGCCUCGACCUCCUUCAUCGCCAGAGACUUUGAACGCGACGCGGAGAAAGCGAAAACCAUCGCCAAAAAACUCCUCCUUCUUUCCUUCGCCGUCGGCGUCUUCAUCUCCAUCGUCGCCUUCUUGGUCUCCGCGUUUGCCUCUGGAGCGUUCACCACGGACUUUUACGUCCAAUCCUUGGUCCGAUCGGUCUCUGUUUACAUGCUCGUCUCCCAGUGCGUCUCGGCGGUGGUCUUUGUCAGCGAAGGCAUCCUCAUUGGCGCAGGCGACGCGCGAUAUUUACUCCGCGCGCACUUGCUCAACUUCCUCGCCCUCGCCGUCGUUUUACGAGGCGUUGGUCACUUCUCCUUGGGUUUACGAGGCAUAUGGUUCGCCGUCCUCACGAACCAAAUAUUUCGGUUGAUGCAACACGCCAACCGAACGAUGGUCGAUAAAAACGGGCCGGACAUUUUUUUACUCAACGGAAACGGAAAAGACUGCGGUGUUGGCGACGCCGCCGACCCCGACGACGAGGAUGAUUCCGCAGAGGUGGACGUUCGAGCGACACCAACACCAACAACAUAG